CGGAAACAUUUUAUUAAAAUAUCAAUUUUUCGCGCGUGUCGCGUCGCGUUCUCUCGUGAGAAAACUUCGACUUUAUCGGUGGAAAAUGUAAUUUAUCGUUUAUAAACAACUAAAACGGUUUUUUCAAUUUGUAAUUACUAAUAGCUUGCUCGUGUUAAUGUGGUCAAUUAAUGUGCACAGUUUUCAAUACCUAAUUGGAUUUUUUUUGUGGUUGGAAUUAUGGAUUAUUGUUCCUGAUAAAAAGCUAAUUAAAUUUAUGACCAUAGACUCUCCGUCUUUACACAAUGCCAUAUAAUGGUUUACGAACAGUCACGUAUUAUCAGGACCGGAUUAGAUAAAACAAUUAUUAUUAUCAAUAACAAAACCUGGGAAUUAAAAGGGAUCAACAAAAUGAUGUUAUCGGACAAUGAAGAUGACUUAAAUGGAAUGUUCGACGAUAUAAAUCGACGAGUGAUGAAUAUAUGUCUUGUCGAAAGUAUUUUAAGUGAAAUUAUCGAAGAUGUUUUGGAUUCUUCUUCUGUAGUAGUUAGACAAAAACAAUUAAGUGACAAUGAGCAAAAUCAAAAAAACUCAAAUAGAACUACUUCGAUUAUUAUUCAGGAUUACGAUGAUGCCUCUAUGGAGUGCGUGAAUCGUUUUGUUAAUGUAAAUUUACAAAGAAGCGUAAGCGAACUACUAUUUGUUGACGAAAACGAAAACCAUAAAGAAACCAAACAAAAGCCGACCAAGAAAACGAGAAAUAAACUUUCGUUCAAUUCCAUAUUCAACAAACUACACAAAUCAAAGGAACAAAAACACAACAACGAAGAAGAAUCUGAAUCGUACGACACAUUCCCAGCAACACACAGUUUACCAGAAUUCAAAGGCUCUUUGCAAGCAUCACGCAAAUUCGCGUCAGCCUUAGAACUAGGCAACCCAAAACCAGCAAAAAAGUCAUUUUUCAAAAAAAUUCUCUCGAUAAGCGACAACUCCUCAAGUUUCUUACGAAGAUCACUCAGCUUCCGUGACGUCAGUAGAAAUAAACCCAAAACGCCAUCUGUAGUAGAAGCAAAAAAUCAACAAUGGCGUCAAUCGUUACAAUCCCUGGUGGAAAACGACAUGAGCGUUAGUUAUAAAGAUCUGAGUUUUAUCAAUUACGACGCACUGAACGAAUUCAAUUACGCCGAACCGGUGAGACUCAAGCCAGGAGUCGGGGCCACAUUAGGAGAAACCAGCGGCUAUCUGGGUAGGUCACAGAGUAUGAGAGAAAAAGGAUCACCUGACUUGAGGAAACCUCAGUUUUAUAGUCGACACACGUCGGUUACGCCGGAUAGUAGGUCUAGACCUGGAUCUGUACAAGAUUUGAAACGUACCACAUCAGCAGUAUCUCUGCCGAUUUUCUGUCACUGCAAUCAACGCAACAGUGAACCUUCUCUACGUCAGAGCUUGUUGAGUGUCGAGAAUCCCGAAAAACCUCUCUCCGAAAAGUGCCAAAGCACCAACAGCAUUCGAUCAUCGGACAGUACUACCGGAAGCGGAAUCAUUGCUUACGUAAAACUGGGACGACAUAAUGCUACAAGGCAAAAGUACCGACAUGCUUCAACUUUUAGCGAAAGAAGUCUAUGGAUUCCUGACGCCCACGUCAAGGUCCGAUCCAGAAGCCUAAACCACUUGGACGACCUAGAAACGCGUCAGUCGACCGUAUCAACAACCGACACAGCCUUGAAAGAUUUCAAAUCUGAGCCGGAUUGUACAAGAACCGCCACGGGUGUAGGAAUUCUACCAUCUUCUGCUACAACGACUGAAGCCGAUAAUAAAAAAAACCCUAUUGACCAAUCAGAUGGGAGAGCCAGCGUAAGGAAACAUAUGUUGAGCAGAUCACAGAAAUCGAGCAGCGAAUGUUUUAGCGUAAUUUUUGAGGUUGGAGACGAAGCUACGUGGGACAAUGAAUUGUUUUUUCCUGCCCAAAGAGGAGUUACUUUACACGAUUCGUUGGCCAAACUAUGCGAAUUAAGAAACGUUGAUCUGUCAGCUUGCGAGGCCAGAUUACAAGACAAGGAAAAUAAUUCCGAAUUAUUGGUUCUCUUUUCACAAGACACCUACGCUCUUGUAGGAAGACAUAUCCGAAUUUUAGCAAAAGAUGCAGGCAAUAAAAAACUACAGGGAUCACUCUAUGUCAAUCACAGUAGAAAACAGUCUGGUAGUUAUCGUCCAAGGACCAGCAGUUUUUUUAGCUCGAGCACCGAAGACCAAACGGUUUCUAACAGUUCCACGAUAUCUUUACAUGAAUCGGACCAAAGUAAAAAGCAAAUUAAACAGCGUAUAACGGCGUUUUUUGGUAACACAAAGGACACAAAAUACGAAGCCCUUAUUGAACAAUUGGAUAGAUAUUCGAGACAAGGAAUUCCUCAAAAUGUCAAUUAUCCUCAGGGGCAAUGCGAAUCCAUCGAUGCCCUGUAUAAGCUAGAGGACGAUUGGAGAGAAAUAGUCGUCGAUUACAGCGAUUUAAGUGAAAAACAACAACAGCAACAAACAGCAUUAUGGGAACUAAUAAAGACUGAAGUGGCCUACAUUAAAACUCUAAAAGUAGUAACAGACUUGUUCCUCGGUUGCCUGAGAGAUUUGCAAUCGAAAAACCUUUUUCGAGAGAUUAGCACGGAAAAGCUCUUUUCAAACAUAACGGAAAUUUUGGGUGCGAACGUAAUAUUUUGGAGAAACACUUUGUUUCCAUUAGUGAGAGAUAUGAGGAAACACAAGCGAUCGUCUUGUUUGGAAAACAUGCUGGAAGGCUUCUCCAAGUUACACGACACUUUUCAGCCGUAUUUUAAGUAUUGUGCUGAACAAUCGAGAUGUCAACAUUAUUGCCGUGAAAAUUUAGAAAGCGAAGUUUUUACAGCCUAUUUGACGUGGUGCGAAAGCCAAAAGGAAUGUAAUCGAUUACGACUUAUGGAUAUUCUUGUUCAGCCAAUGCAAAGAUUAACAAAAUACGGCCUUCUCCUGAAGGCUGUCUUAAAAAAUACCGAUGAGGACGUUGAAAAGGAAAGCUUGCAAGCAAUGAUUAAAAUGGUGGACGAUUUCGUGAAUAACGUUAACUCUAGUUUAAAACAUAGACAGGACACGGAAAGAUUGAAAGGGAUCAUUGCCAGAAUCGAAAGUUACGACAUCGUGGAGUCGCGGGACGACGACAUCGAGCGCAUACUGAAACGGGACAAAUCUUUAACUCAGCUAGACUUGACGCGGCCGAUGUUGGGCUGUCCACAAGAAAGAAAACGUCAUUUGUUACUCGAAGGCGAUUUGAAAAUGAAGGACACUGGAGCAUCUAAGGUCGAAGUUCAUUGCUUCCUAUUAACCGAUGUGCUGUUAAUCUGCAAACCUUCAACAAAAAAGGGUGUGGCUACCAUGAAAGUGAUUAGGCAACCAUAUUUGGUGGAUAGACUGACUGUACAUGAGCUAACACGUGAAACCCCCAGUUUGGCCAUUAUUUAUAGAAACGAGUUUGAUAUGGCCAUCGCAACGUUUAUUUUGCAAAAUAACGAUGCUAAAAAAAUGAAGGGUUGGAAAGAAGGCAUCUCCAAAGCCCAAUUGCUCUACUCGCAAGCGAAACAACUUAGUUUCAUGGCGGCAGACGAGAGUCUGGACUACGAUUAUGGUUUAGAUCAUUUAGAAAGUGAAUAUCAUAGUCUUCAGUUAGCACCUAGGUCACCGAUGGCUUCCUCUUCACGAGCUAGUAGAGUUUCUAGUUUAGCGCACAGUCACAGUGGUUCCAUUGAAAUGAACGACCAAUCUUCAAUCGGCUCGGCCAAGGACCAAUCACGAGGCGUUUCCAUCGAAAAUGUAAAUCGCAGUGGGUCGAUUUCGAGCGACGAAGGAGUGCAGCCGCUUCCGGCCGACGUUAAAAGUCCAUUAGCAGUCCAAAAAAGUACUUUGAAAAAUCGCUUGUUCUGUAAAACACCGAAUACUUUGUCCGUCCAGCCUGUGAACAGUUUGGGACAGAGUUUGCCUAAUUUGUCGUUAGGUUCGCCGAAUAUUGGCAGUGGAAUGUGUUUGAAUUUGCAUCAGAACACUUUAUCGGUACCAUCAACUAAUAAAACCACAGGCGGUACUCAUCUACUGAGCCCAACGCACAGAGGUGUCUCUUAUCCACCCCCAAGUCCAACCAGGGGUAAUUUAAGACGCAGUUUGGCCAUAUCGCAAAGCAAAAAUCCGCCUCUUAUUAAAACUAGGCAAGUAAACUCAGCCUCGUCGGCAAGCGUCAGUCUAUCUCAAGCUCCUGCCAGUUUUGACUUCAACGUCCCUGUUAUUGCAGGAGUUAGUUCUUCAGCCGAAACUUGUGAAUCUUUUAAUAGAGGCCAAAAACGCCAAGCUAUAAAAAGAAGUCAACGAUAUCAGACUACUGGAAUGAUGGAUGAUCUCAAGAAAAUGGGAACAUUAGACUCGAGCCACAAUCACAAAAGAUUGGCUUGGAAUAAUUCUACUAGCCCAGAGCCGCCUGAGGAUGACCAAGGCCGUACCUAGCACAGGACCCAAAGAAACCCCAUAGUGUCUUUUAUAGUGAUUCUUUACGCGACUAUUUGUAUAUUUGCAGAAAUGGAAGAUAUUUUAGAGAGAGUCUUGGACUUUGUAUUUAACUAUAGCGGCAAAAAUUUAAACAUAUUGUAAUAAGGAGCUUUGAAAAAAAAAAAACGUUAUAUGUCCCUCGUGUUUUUUUUUGUGCAGGGAUUUAGCUAUAUAUUUUGUUCGUAUGUUUCAAGAAAACAUACUAAUAAACCAAAAAAAAUUGUCUUAUUGUCAAAACUGUUAAAUUAGUAAACAUUUAUAGAUGUUAUAAUGAUCUCCCUUUGGUUAAAGUGAGUAUUUAGACUAUAUUGACUGUUUGACAACAUAAUGCCAAAUUGGACAAAGAUAUUUAUAUCGUUUUGUUGGCCCCAUGGACUAAACUCAAGGUUGAGGUGCAAAGUUCAAAAGGGUUGGGAUUAUGUUUAAAUUCAAUCCAACGUAAAGUAUGUAGGUAGAUACACUGCUACACUACGACUAUCUGACUUAUGUGAAAAUAAAAAUUAUAUAAAAACAAGAGAUUCCACAUGAGGCCAUUUAUUUGUUCUUGUUUUUGUGCGCUUCGAUUUGUGUUUUUGAGCAUCACCAAGCCGGAGACAUAAAAUCGAAGAAUGGUUAGAGCUAGUAUGUGAAUGCCUAAUCGUAAAAUUCGAUUAAUUGCUCCCACCAACCAUGAACUAAACGUUAACCGUACGUCAACCUCGAUUGGUGUUACCCAAACAGUCAAUAUGUAUUAUCCAACAAAAUAGAUAUAAUAUUAACGCAAACCCCAUUAAAUAAGAGAAAUUAAAAAGUAGUAUGUAGGUAUUUUAUCAUUGACUGAUAUUUUGUUUAACAAAAAAUUAUUAUCUUCUAUUAAAAAAGGUUUAUUAUGUAUCUUGUUUCACACUCACACUAUUGAAGAAUUCAAUAGUUUCUAGAAACACUGGAAACUUUUUUUGAACAAACUCAAUCCUUAUUUUAUUAUACGGGUAACCCCAAGAGGUCAUAUUUUCUUUAUUCCUGCUGAGCUCUACAAUAUCAAAACGUUUGCCAACAAAUAAUCGAAAAUCAGGCAGGACCAAUCAGAGAAUUAUCUGAUUUCUAAGCAUUUUCUUUGCAUAUAAAAUCAAAAUUAUGAUUUUGGCAACAAUAUUGUUUUCAAUCCACUGUUGCCGCACUUCCGUGAAAUCUGACACUAAACGAUUUUUGUACAAUGAAUUUUAUAUACAAAAACAGUACCUAUGUAUUUAUUUUCCUUUACUUAAGAAUUAAAUAGACUUAGGUAUUUAUUUUUAAACUAUUAUAAAAUAUAUUAUAUUAUGUAAUUGAUUGAUGUAAUAUACAUAUACAAGAAAUAUAUCAUUUUUCUCUA